AUGGAGAAUGGCAAUGCCAAUAAGAGCAGCUAUGACGACAUAAACGGCAAGAUAAUGCUGAUAUCGAUCGUCAUUGUCUCCGUCGUUCUCACCAUAAUGAUAUGCUUCCACAUCUACGCCCGCUUGUACCUCCGACACUCUCGCCAACUCCGCCGCAAUAAUCAUAGCAUCCGCCGCAACGCGCACCACCACCCUCACUUCGUAUUCUACGUGAACCCCGCCGUCAUGUUGGCCUCCCGCGGCCUCGAUGCCUCCGUGAUUGCCUCCCUUCCCGUCUUCACCUUCUCCCGCAAGACCCACCCUCACACCGUCGACUGCCCCGUUUGCCUCUCGGAGUUCGAGGACGGGGAAACGGGUCGGGUCUUGCCCACGUGCAACCACACCUUCCAUACUGAAUGCAUCGAUAUGUGGUUCCACUCCCACUCCACCUGCCCACUUUGCAGGGCACCCGUGGAGACUCCGAAACGACCCGAUUUGGUUAUAACUGUGGGCCAUUCUGAACCAGGUUCGAGUUUUCAAGGUGAUGGACUGAACCAAACCGGACCCGUGGUUUCUCCUAGUUUGGUCCCAAAGGAUUCUUCGUCGAUUGUGAAUGUGAGCGUUGAGGUGCCCGCAAGAAACGAAGAUUAUGGUUGCCAGUCGCCGUCGUCUUCGUCGUCGUUUCGGUCACCGGUGGGUCGCAUGCUGUCGUUGAAGAGGAUUCUGAGCAGAGACCAGAAAGCGAGCGCAGUUGGGUGCAGCUCGACGGCAGAGGAAGGUGGACGAUCGGAAACUCAGUAA